UCUGGAGGCAGUGCUCAGCGGUCAGGUCCCCGGAUGAAGGUUGAGCGUGAAUAUGGCGCAGAGAGCACAAGCAGCGGGCUCGUGAGGGUUUCUGUGCCUGAUACGCGCAUUUAGCUUAAGCUAACUUUACACACGAAACUUUACCGAGUCUAUGAAGUUUAUUUCUCAGCGGACACACUUCUCGCUACAGGUCUGAUGCUUUGCUGCAGCCAUGUUCAGCAAGAAGAAAAAGCAACGGAUUCAGAUCUCAGCCCCCUCCAACUUUGAGCAUCGUGUCCACACUGAUUUUGAUGAGCAGGAGCAGAAGUUUGUGGGGCUUCCACGCCAGUGGCAAAGCCUCAUUGAGGACACGGCCAAGAGGCCCAAACCUUUCAUCGACGCCACAGUCAUCACUACUGUAGAGCCACGCAAGGCAAUUGUACGGGGUCGUAAGAUCGGUGACGAUGGCUCUCUCACGUGGCUUUUGGAUGAGUUUGAGACCAUGUCGGUGAUCCGCUCAAACUCCCUGCGGGGAGGCAGUCCACCACCGCAACCACGCAGAGACUCCGGAUCAUCGGGAGGGGGCCAUGAGAAUGGAGAGCACUCCCAAUAUAGACACCCUGAUCGAUAUGGAGACAGCAAAGAGAGGGAGAAACCACGUCAGGAGCACCCAGGUGCUGAUCCCAGACAGUCUCAGCGCCCAGCCCGGUCAUCCAGAGAGGACAGCCGACCUCAGCAGCAGCCUCGCGGUCAGGAGCCCAGCAGACACAAAGAGCCUGACUGGUCAGCAGGGCCAGCCUCACCGCCCCAGCACAGAGAACGAGACAGAGACCGAAAGCCACGUGAUUAUCAUGAUCAGGUGGUGAGGCGAGAGGGGGCCAACGAUAAGAGGCCCAAAUCUAGCUACACCGGGAGGGACAGCAGCCCACAAUCACCCCGUGAGAAGAGACCACUAUCUGGGCCAAAUAUUCGCACCCCUAACCUACCUGUUACAGAGGGAGUGAUAAAGACCGCACAGCAGACCAGCCGACCUUUCAACACGUACCCACGAUCCGAAAGUGACUCUGGGAGGAGCCCCAGUGUUCAGGAUUUAAAACCAGGAAAAUCUCUUGAGCCUUCCCACCACAACGGCCCCUCUACUGGGGCAGUCCGGGGUGGAAACAGCAGCGGUAAAAGUGGUUCUCGGGGGCAGCACAGAGCAGAACCCCAGCAUCACGCCUCCCACCCAGCCUUAGGCCCCGAGCCCCCUCACAGCCAGCAGAUACCCCCGAUACCAAAACCGUCAGGCCCGGCUGCACCGCCACAGCAGACGCGCUCACCUCAGAGGGAGCCGCAGCGGGUCUCCCACGAGCAGUUCCGUGCUGCCCUGCAGAUGGUGGUUGACCCUGGAGACCCACGCACAUAUCUGGACCACUACAUCAAGAUCGGUGAAGGUUCCACCGGCAUUGUUUGUAUUGCUACAGUGAAGACCACAGGCAAGCUGGUGGCUGUAAAGAAGAUGGAUCUGCGAAAACAGCAGCGACGAGAAUUGCUGUUUAACGAGGUGGUGAUCAUGCGGGACUAUCACCAUGAGAACGUGGUGGAGAUGUACAACAGUUACUUAGUAGGGGAUGAACUCUGGGUUGUCAUGGAGUUCCUUGAGGGUGGAGCUUUGACUGACAUAGUCACACAUACCAGGAUGAAUGAGGAGCAGAUUGCCACCGUUUGUCUGUCUGUUCUGAAAGCUCUCUCGGUCCUUCACUCUCAGGGAGUCAUUCAUAGAGACAUUAAGAGUGAUUCUAUUCUUCUCACCCAUGAUGGCAGGGUGAAGCUGUCCGACUUUGGCUUUUGUGCCCAGGUCUCUAAAGAGGUGCAGCGCAGGAAGUCUCUUGUAGGAACACCCUAUUGGAUGGCCCCAGAGCUCAUCUCAAGACUCCCAUAUGGACCAGAGGUGGAUAUUUGGUCACUUGGCAUUAUGGUCAUUGAAAUGGUGGAUGGAGAGCCGCCAUACUUCAAUGAGCCUCCGCUCAAGGCCAUGAAGAUGAUCCGAGAUAAUUUGCCACCCAAGCUCAAAAACCUCCACAAAGUUUCGCCACUUCUCAAGGGAUUCUUGGACCGGAUGCUUGUGCGAGAUCCUGCCCAGAGGGCCACAGCUCAAGAGCUGUUACAGCAUCCCUUCCUGGGUAAAGCGGGCCCUCCCUCUUGCAUUGUUCCCCUCAUGAGACAAAACCGCAUGAGAUGAGAAGAGAAAUCUGGGUGGGAUCUGUCAGACCCUCUGAGUUCAAAGCAAAAACCCAGAUGCAAAGAUGGAGUCUGUUCUCUGCACAGUUUAAACAUCUGAAAUGAUUGUACAGGUCAAGACUUUUAGGAGAAAAGACCACUGAUGCUACGGACAUUAAGAGGUUUUUUUUAGCCAGAUAUUUUUACCACUGUUUUUAUUACACUAUAAAAUACACCACAUUUGGUGACAUGAAAUAGACAUGAUUAGAUCCUUCACAGUGUUCUGCUGGAAGAGGUUUCCCUUUCCGACUAAUUCAGAAACACGAGAACAUGUGUUCUCUCAGUGGUUUUAUGCUUUACCUCUAACACUGUGCUUUUGGUGAACCAAAUUAAGGAGGUUUAGACAUUAUGAAAAUUAACCACUUGGAGAUUCUAAUCUGCCCUCAAUGCAAAGCAAUAAUUUGAUGGAUUUGUUUGAUGGAAGCUAUUUUUUCCCCCCCUGCACUUCUUCUUUUGCACCAUGACCACACUACUCAGUCCAUUUUUUACAGGAAAACAACUACUGAAGAAAACCUUUUAAAAAAGAAAAUAUGAAACUUUCGGCUCCUGUUACAACACUAAGCAAUGGUAAACACUGGAGGUGUUUUUUUUUUUUUUCAGACCAUUUUUAAUUUUGAUUUAAUGAACAGAGUUAUAUUGGUUUUGUUUUUAUAUUGCGUUUUGAGUGACAGUGUGAUGUUUUAAACACUGUUCUGAGAUUGCGCUGCACUCCAAUAUGAAACUUCCUCCUUUUAUUCAUUGUUCCACUUUAUGUAAUAAAGGGGGGAAGGGUUGGGUGUAGGGUUUUUUUUCUUCCAAAACUUUCACCACGGCACCGUGCCACAUUAGCUGAGGAGAUUGAGUUGUUUUCAAUGUAGGGCAGUGUGUUCCUUUCAUGUGUGCCCACAUCCUCCAGCUAAGUAGCUUACAUCUUUGAAGUAUCGUGGCCUUUCAUUGUGGAUGGUUUUGCCGGAGAGAUGUUGAACUAUACAAAUGUAUAGCUGAGCUUUACAUAUGCUCUAUUUUAUGAGAGCUCGUUCAAUGGAAGUGGACCAUAUAGGUAUAGAUCCCACACAUUAAAAUAUAGGUCAGAAUGCGUUUGUACUCGUGUAAUUGGCCAUUUACACUACGGCGUUUUGUUAUAAGAGCACCAUGACACGUUCAAGGAUUAAGAGAAGAGUAGUGGAACAACCAAAGGCAGUUUGAAAUUGUGAAUGUUUAUAAUACUAAUUAGUCCAAGUACACUACACCACAUCACUUUAAAGGAAUUGUUCAUCUUUAUACGAAAAUUGUGUCAUUUAUUCACCCUCAUGACCUGUAUAACUUCCUUUCUUCAGUGUUUUUU